AUGGCGAUCUGCCUCAGCUCGAGAGUCAAUUCCGUCGAGUACGUUGUCAGUAGGACAGCCCGCGUAGAAGGAGUGAUCGAAGCCAAGGGCGUGUAUGGUCGUCGUUUAGAUUUCCCGUUGGUAUCCGUCCUCCCGGUCGAACAGAAUCCCGAAUGCGCCGGCUCGUAUCACGAGGUCGCACGUGUAAACAGGGCGACUCAAAGGGACGUUGUUGACGUUGGGGAACGAGUAGAAGAGAGACAAGCAAUCAUGCGCCGCGUUCACCGGAUCGCUGUCGUCCACUCAGAUGGUGUGGAGAAGUCGAUGACCACGCGCCGAGCAUCUCCAGAUCUGGGCCACCUGGGGUUGGUCGAGCAGGGCCUCUCAGGACGUGGGGGUUUCGAUAGAGAAGUCGGAAUUACGCACGUAUGCAAUGGACCUGGACUGUCAGCAUCCUCCGAACUAAUCACCCACACAGGGAUAUGGCUCCUCAGCCUUGCCGUCCCUGUCGUUCCCGAAAGCGGAUCUCGAAUUCAACAUCCAAUGAGAUGGUUGAUGCCACGGCUUAAGCGCUUCACCGGAGCCGGGCUUGGAGGACUUUAUCUUGGUGCCUGGCCAGCACCCUGUGAACAACUGAUAAAUGUAUUCAAGUUUCCGGGUGCGAUAUGUAUCCUGGUUCGUUUGACUGGUGAAAGGGGAGAGCCUCUCGUCCCUCUUCUGCAUCCACAAGAUGGCGGCCCGCCAGGACGUCGAGGAAAUUUCCUAGACCAAAAUGACACUCAUGAUUUCAAGGAUACAGAAAGCUGGGGCACAAAUACCACAAGCCAGGCUGUAAGUGCUGACCUGUCGGCUAGAUUCAACGACCAAACGACUCCCUACGAAGUGUAUGAAGGCAAGUUCAGCUUCAGAGCUGUCCUUCAAAACACGCUCAAGGCAUGGAGCUUCCACUCCCUCUAUCGUCUAUUCUACAACGUCCGCGACUCGAUCCGCAACCAAACAAAGGUCGUCAUCUUCAAGAACCGGCCCAUGGCCCUCCUCGCCAUCAUGGUCCACGUCCCGCCCCUGGUCGCCACCGCCAUCAUGAGCCACCUCAUCUACCACGAGUACUGGAUCGGCGCGGACCUCACGCCGAACCGCGAGUGGGACAAGUCAGCCAACCUGCUGAUCCAAUUCGCCGCCAAAUUCCUCGAGAUCAUGAUCAUCGGCUCCCUCACCACCAUGAUCUUCACCUUUGUCCGUCGCGAGGUGACGCUCGGCCAAGGGACACCGCUGGCGGCUUUCUUUGCUGGGAACAGCUUCAGCUCGCCCGAGUUCCUCUGGUCCGACGAGAUGACGGCCAUGCUGCGGGGGCGCUUCUCGACCGUCUGGAAAAAGGUCUUUUUUGUCUCCUUCCUCGUCAUGUGCUGCGUCCUAGCCGUCGUCGUGGCGCCCGCGACAGCCACCGUCCUGACGCCCUUGAACGACUGGUGGAUGAUGGGCGGGUCGUGGGUGUACAUUGAUAAAGCCGGCGCCGACAUCUUUCCCCGGACGCUGACGGCGGCGGAUACGGUGGCCGGCGACGUGUGCGAGAGGGCCGGCAACCUCGACUGCCCGUCAGCCGGCUGGGACUCGUUGACGCAUCUCGUGAGUUACCUCCCGUACCAGGCCAUUCUCAACGUCACAAAGGGGUCGUACAUCCGCAUCCCGGCGCUCUUCCCGCUCGCCACGCCGGAAUCGAUUCUGCAGUUGUCAAUGUCCGUUCGCGAACCCGGUGUGCCGCGCGGGUGGGCCGAGUCUCGCAUGACGCUGCCGCAUCGUGUGACGGGUGCCACGUUGGCAGCGACUACGAUGCUCUGGCAGGAUGCCCUUACGUUGAUGGAUCAAAAGGAGAAGAAGUAUUACCGCGGGUCGGACUAUCGGUACUCGACGUUCCAGGAGCUCGCGUCCAUGGAGACUCGAUGUCGCGUUACCAUGGUCGAUGGCAACAACACCACGUCCGGUGAUCGUCGUCGUCCUGUCAACUUUCCAGAAGUUCGGAACGAGGCCUCUUCCACCAAUAACACCGAUAUCAUAUCCCUAGAGAACCCGACAACGCAAGCUUUAUGGACAACCCUCAACAGAACGACCCCCCAGCUUGACCUAGCCGCCAACGUCUCCAUCGGCGCUAUCAUCUCCCUCCCACGCCAAGGAGGAAUCGCCGUCUACGGAUGCCUCACAGACGCAGAAUGGAUCGGCGCCAACACCUGGAUCAACAUAGACAACCACGUCUGGACAGACGGCUGGCCCUUCCCCGUGACCUGGAAACCCGGCAGCCGCAAAGUCCUCAUCGAGACCUCCUUUGCGAACCUGACCAACGCGGCCGUCGACAUCGAGGGCACCACCGUCUUCCAGCGCCUCGCCGCCUCCGCACGGCUCGUCGACUCUCCGCUAGGCCUGCCUUGGACCGUCGGCCACGUCGAGACGCUCGUCAACGCCAUGCUCGCCAACGGUAUGUCUCGCACCGCGCCCGCCGCGAAACCCAUCAUCACUCUAAAAGACGCCGACAGCGCCUGGUGGCGCAACUUCUUCCCGCGCAAGACGCAGUUUGGGUUCCCCGAGUCCGGCACGGCGUUCGAUGUGCCGGAAGCCGUGCGGGCCGCGGCGCAGAGGCUGCAUUUCCGGGGCGAGAUGAAGGGGUUCGCGUACUCUGCCGGGGACGAUACCGUCAGAUAUUCCAUGGUGGGUUUGUUCGUUUACUGUGCCGUCGCGGUGGCGUUCAUGGCGUGGAGUCUUGUCGUGGGCGUCACGAGCAAGAGCUGGGAGUCGACGCCGGAGCUAUUGGCGCUGGCGAUGCGGAGUCCGCCGCCCGGGGACGAGAAGAUGCCGUCGAGUAUCUUGGAGGAUACGAGCGCGCUGCGGGAGAGGUAUUGUAUCGUUGCGAGCGGGUCGGAUGUGCUGCUUCGGCCGAUGGACGGGCUGGAGGAGGUGCCGGAGGAGAUGAGGGUGAGGCCGAAUGUAAUGUACAGAUGA